ACUAACGCUAGUUCAGUAGCAGCUUUUCUCUCGUCCGUGUUUCUCCUGUCCGGAACUUGUCAGCGCUCGUUUUGACCGUGCAGCACAGCAGUAUUAUGCAAGCACCGCCCGGAGUGUGGGGGCACCGUGUGAACUGAGUUUCUUUGAAUCAUCUAUAUGGGCCAUCUUCUCUCGAAAAAUGGUUACCGUCUGAAGAAGAGGACACGCAAGCUACAUCACAGGAAGAAGAAGAAGAGGAACUGUUUCCUGCAAGGCCCGUGCAUGCUGUGCUUCAUCGUCCACAGCAACAGCAGUGGUCUUGACGACGACAGCGACCACCUGGAGACCGGCAUCAACGGCAGCGGGUGCCGUCACAACAGUAUCACUGGAAUCAGUGUCCCUGGUGUGGGUGGAGUUGGCAUUGGAGCAGCAGCUGCCUCGAAGCUCGCUGAACGAUACGCAACACUCGCAUCUCCUGAGGACUGCUCCAAGUUCCUGUUGUCACCCCGAGAGCUAGCUAUCUGGGAGGGCCAGGGGAGGAGUCUGCUGUCAGCGGUUCCUGCCAAAUUGAUCCCGUCACCUGCGCUGUUUCGAACAGCUGGGGUGUCUGUGACUGUGCCCAUACCUGUGCCUGUACCUGGCAGCACCAGCGACUACACUGAGAUGGUGUGCAAGAGGAAGUGUUCAGAGGUGCAGAGGUGCACCCCCUGUAAGCAGCCGCGCUGUGCCUUUGCUGCCCCGGAUGGAGGGCUGGAGAACGGAGGAGUGGGAGGGGGUGGGGGAGAGGCCUCGUCGAACUCUGAAACUGGCCACUGCCACCUUCCCCUCUGUCCACUUCCAUCCUCCUCCUCUUCUACUUCUUCUUCAUCCUCCUCUUCCUCCUUACCUGCUGACGGCUGCUGUGGGUUGGGUCUUCAUGCCGAUUUCCCCCACAGUUCAGACUCGUCCCCCUGCUGCCUGCAUCACUAUGACGACUGCCAGGCGAGAGGUUCUGAUGCUGCUGAUCACUUAAGUAUCAACCACCUGCCUUCCUCCAUCCUUCUUAAGGUGCUCUCACACUUGACAGUGAAGGAGCGCUGCCUGUGUGCCUCUCUGGUUUGUAAGUACUGGAGGGACCUCUGCCUGGACUUCCAGUUCUGGAAGCAAAUUGACCUUAGUGGCCUACAUCAAGUAAAUGAUGAUCUUCUGGUGAAAAUAGCCUCUCGAAGGCAGAAUGUGACAGAGAUAAACAUCUCAGACUGCCGUGCAGUUCACGACCAUGGUGUUUCAGCGCUGGCUUCCCACUGUCCAGGCCUGCAGAAGUAUACAGCAUAUCGUUGCAAGCAGCUGGGUGACAUGUCUCUGUCGGCCUUGGCCACACACUGCCCUCUGCUGGUGAAGGUGCAUGUUGGGAACCAGGACAAACUCACAGAUGAAGCACUAAAAAAGCUGGGAGAGCACUGCAGUGAGCUGAAGGACAUCCACUUGGGUCAGUGCUACAGUAUCACUGAUGAAGGCAUGGUGGCCUUGGCGAGAGGAUGUCCCAAACUGCAGAGACUCUACUUGCAAGAGAACAAAUCGGUCACUGAUCGGUCCAUGCGAGCGGUUGCAGAGCAUUGUCCUGAGCUGCAGUUUGUUGGCUUCAUGGGAUGCCCUGUGACGUCUCAGGGUGUCAUCCAUCUCACAGCACUACGUAACUUGAGCGUCCUGGACCUGCGGCAUAUCUCUGAGCUGAACAAUGAGACGGUGAUGGAGGUGGUGAGGAAAUGUCGCAACCUUAGCUCACUCAACCUCUGCCUAAACUGGAGCAUUAACGACAGGUGUGUGGAAAUCAUCGCCAAGGAGGGGAGAAGUCUAAAGGAGCUCUAUCUUGUGUCUUGUAAAAUCACAGACCACGCUCUGAUAGCUAUAGGCCAGUACAGCAGUACUAUAGAGACUGUGGAUGCUGGAUGGUGUAAGGACAUUACAGACCAGGGAGCCACACAGAUCGCUCAGAGCAGCAAGUCUCUCCGCUACCUGGGCCUCAUGAGAUGUGACAAGGUGAACGAGGAGACGGUGGAGCGACUGGUGGUCCAGUACCCUCACAUUGUGUUCAGCACAGUGAUGCAGGACUGCAAGAGAACCCUGGAGAGAGCUUAUCAAAUGGGCUGGAGCCCCAACACAUCAAAUACUUCGUAGCUACCGCUGGAUCACACACACGCACAGACACCUACAGAUACACACACACACACACACACACACACACGCACACACACACAGCUCCACCAAGGCCCAUUUUGUGUACAGACACUCAUACACAAUAUUUGCAGCUCAGUCAUAUUUCCUUCUCAUUCACAGUUCAAACAUGCAUGUGAACAUGUAGCUCCACACAAACACACACACACACACACACACAUAAAUGCACACACAAACAGAUAAAGGUCCAGUCCAUCAACUGUUUCAUUUGAAACAAAUCUCCCAUUUCAAUAAUUUAGCUAGAAUACGGGCCUAAUUAAGAGAGACUUGAUACACCUACCAGCCACAGGUUACUUUCAACAUUUCUGAAUCGUCCUCAUCAUCAUCGGCUAUUAUGUCAACAUCCGGGAAUAUACUGAAUUUUUUUCCAGACAGAGUUGUUUUUAGUGGAAAACCACGCUCUGACAACGGUUAUUUCAUAACAACUGUAGGAGUGUUACUUUGUUGAUAGUAUGAAUAUGAAACUUCAUUCAUUCAAAGUCCUCCACCUCAUCUCAGAUUUAGUGGAGGUAAAGUGUAAAUGAGGAAGGUGGCGGUAUGGUCUAGAACAUAUGAAAAAUAUCUAAACAAACACUUCAUUAUGUCAAAGACUUUCAGUGAUGGUCAGAUCAGAAUGAAUGAAAAUACUUUAAAAAAGGUUUCUUGCCCCAACUGGAACAAAUCUUCCAGAGCACUGCGCCUGUGUCAGCCCACUGUGGUGUUUACUUCCUCCAAACUGAACUCAACUGCCACAGUGAGAUCGCACAAGACUGAGCAAAAGAUCUGCACCUGGGGAGACGACAGCACACCACUUCAGGGGCUGCAAGGGGCUUCAAUGGGCUGCAAGGGGCUUCAAGACCACACAUGAGGCAUAUUGAGAAAUCGGUGAUGUUUAUUUUUACUUUAAAGUUAUACUUUCUUGGAUGUCCAGUGCAGUGUUAAAGGAAUUUGUGGACUCAUACAUGUUGAGAUUGUUGACAAGGCUCAAUUUGAAGGAUAGCGUUCUUUGCUGUGACUUAAUAUGCACAUUGUCAUGGUACAGAUGAAAGAUUCAGGCCAGAAUAAAACCCAGCCCCCUGAAAAAUGUAUGGCAGAAAAUAGCAUUUAUUAUUUCUCAAAAGCUGCAUGUUUAAAUUGAGAUGCUCAUCUUAUUUUUUCAGCUUAAGAGUUACUCUCUACAUAUGAUUAGAAGUAGAAAUUCACAUCUGUUUGACUUUGGAACCAUGCUAUUGUUUUUGGUGCCAUGCAUAGAUUUAGGGUUGACUGAGCAUCUCCUUGAGCCAUCACAGAAUGACGUUAAACCAUGCUUGAAACAGAAGUUGCCUUUACCUAAAAACCUGGGGUCAUAUUAUGAGAAUAUUAACCACAACCACCAUGAUGACAGUUACGAGGAAACAAUGCCUUAAGUGGUUAGUGGGUAAAUGCCAUCCAGUGAGCAACCUGCAAUUGACCCAGAAUUUAAGAAAUGUUUAUCUUCUCUGAGUUUAUCAAAAACCAUAUUCCCAUUAUUUGAUCUGAUAUAUAUAUACAUUUAUAUGUAUCUCAAAACCUAGAAUUAGCUAUGUAAAUCCCACACAGUAUUUUUAUAUAUAUAUAAAUACUGUGUGGGAUUUACUUAGCCAAUUCUUGGUUUUGAGCAUAUACAGUACUUGUAACAUUAGCUAUGUAGCAAUGCAAUGAGGGAUUUAUCUUUCUUAGUGGUGUAGGAUGUAAAGAAAAAACACUGGCUAGGGUGUAUGAUGAGGUCCAGUAGAAGUUGGUAGGGGGGAGUUCAUCAUUUUUCAUCUAUUCUGUAGAAACUCAGUAGUGUACAGUUGAAAAUGCAAAUAACCAGGGUAUUUUUCUACCAUGUGAACCAGCUCUGGGCUCAGCCUCUACACAAACUGUCACUCAGAUAUGAACAAUUACUUACUGAGCUUAGGGUUUGAGUAUAACUGUAAGCUUUCUACAGCAGAUUUCAGAUAAUUAAAAACACAUUCAUUUUACCCAUGUCAGGAUUUGUAGACUUAAUGGAUGGAGUUUCUCCCUCAGCCUGUUUUUUGUUCUGUUUCUGUUCUUUUGUAAUCCCCAUACGCACUUUCUCCUCUGCUAGAUGUUGACACUUGAUUCCUGAUUUGUUAAGGCAACCGUAAAUGACUGGAUUUACAUAAAGAUGAAUAAAACACUACUACUUCAA